AUGUCUGCUGCCCCUGUGGAGAAGGUCCCCGAGACCGCUAAUGUUAAUGACGUUACAAAUGCUCUGAGCAAUACCUCUCUCAAUGAUAAGGCCGCCGCAAACGAGGCUGCUUCGGCCAGCGCUGCCGAAGGCCGCCGUCUGUAUAUCGGCAACUUGGCCUACGCGACAACUGAGGGGGAGUUGAAGGACUUCUUCAAGGACUAUCUUGUUGAGUCCGUGUCAAUCCCGAAGAACCCACGCACCGACCGUCCUGUUGGCUACGCCUUUGUCGACCUCUCUACCCCUACUGAGGCCGAGCGUGCUAUCGAGGCCCUCUCUGGCAAGGAGAUCCUUGAACGCAAGGUUUCCGUUCAGCUUGCUCGCAAGCCCGAGCCAGCUGGCGAGAAGACCGAGGCAGCCAACGGUGAAGGUUCUGGUGGUGAGGGCACUCGCCGUCGCGCCUCUGGACGAGGCCGAGGCCGGGGCCGUGGUCGCAACGGACGAGGCGCCCGCGCUGCCCGUGGUAAGGAAGGUGAGACUACUGAGGCUGCCGCUCCUGCCUCUGGAGAGACCCCUGCCGCUCCCGCAGCUGCUGCUUCCACCGAGUCCAAGCCUCUGGCCGAUGUGACCAACCAGGAUGUCUCUGCUGGCGAUGAUGCUAAGGCCCAGCGCGCCCGCCGUGAGCGUGGCCCCCCUGCCGAUGGUAUUCCCUCUAAGAUCAAGGUCAUGGUCGCUAACCUGCCCUAUGACUUGACUGAGGAGAAGCUUAUCGAGCUGUUCAAGGACUACCAGCCUUCCUCGGCUAAGAUUGCCCUCCGACCUAUCCCCCGUUUCAUGAUCAAGAAGCUUCAGGCCCGUGGCGAGGCCCGCAAGGGACGUGGAUUCGGUUUCGUUACUUUGGCUUCUGAGGAGCUGCAGCAGAAGGCUGUUGCUGAGAUGAACGGCAAGGAGGUUGAGGGACGUGAGAUCGCCGUCAAGGUCGCCAUUGACUCUCCCGACAAGACCGACGAGGAGGCCAAUGCCCCUGCUGACGCCGAUGUCAACGGAAAGGAGGAGAAGAAGGCUGAUGCUAAGGCUGAUGCCGCUGCCCCCACAGCCACCGAGGCUGCCCCUGCCUCCACUCCCGCCACUACUGCUUAA